AUGGUCAGUGAAUCCAUCUCUGAUCAUGAAGGAGCUCUCGUUGAAAGAGGUAGACGCUUUGAAGAGUUGUUCUACCUCUUCAACGAUCCUUUAUUCGAGAAUAUUCCCAAAUAUAAGGAUUCAAUGAAACAGUUCUCCGUUAAGAACAACAAGAGAACUCUCAAUAAAACCAUCGACCAUUCAUUAUUUGGGAAGAAUCCUGAAGAUAUUAUAAGAUUCAUGGAAUCUAGAAUCGAUCUGGCUUUGUACACCACAUCCACAAAUAAACGGAAACCUCAAGAUUCCCUUAAUAAUGAUUUAAAGCGUACAAAGUUAAUAACUGAAAUAUCCAAUAGUGCCAAAGAAGUUAAUGAUAAUAUAAUCACUAAAGAUUUGGCUGAUUUAGACGUUUUAUCAGUACCUCAACAUUAUCCCGUCAACCCCCAUCACGUAUCAUCGUUGGCAGAGUUAUAUUAUUUGUCACAAACUUUACCGUUGAUAAAACUUUUACCUGGAGCUCAUAAAGCUUUAACCACCGAAAGUUAUGAAUCAGCUUUAUUGGAAGGUAAGAUAGCGGUGUUAUAUUCCCGAAUCGAAGAGUUGAAAAGACAAGGGAAAUGGUCUUUAAGACAACCUUUAAAGUAUUCUUGUCCUAUGGUAGAAAAGAAACCUGGAUUUCAUUGGGAUAACGUGAUGAAAGAAGGGAAAUGGAUGGCUAUGGAUUUCAGAGAACAAACAAAGUUCAAGAAAGCUGCAUGUUUGAAUAUGGCUCGAGCAGUUGAGGAUUAUUGGAGUGGUAAGGAUGUGAAGAUAAAGAGAAAGGAGAUCAAGAUAAUGACCGAAGAGGAAGUUGAAGAGUUGUUAGCUGCUGCGGCAGUAGCUGAUGAGGUAGCUCAAAUAGCCCCUGUUGAGGUUACAGCAGAGUCUGUACCAGAGACAGUGUCAGCUGAAGCAACAGAAAUUGUCUCAGUACCAGAAUCUGAUAAAAUGGAAGUCGAUGAAGAAGAUAAACUUGAUAUUCCUGAAGUCAAACAAGAACCUGAAGGUACAGAAACUGAUCAAGUCGCCGAAACUGAUCAAGUCGCUGACUCAGUCGAAGUCAAAGAGGAAAUUUCAGGACCAACAGAAAUCAAGACUGAACCCACAAUCGAUGUUAAUCUUCUUCUUCAACCAGAUACCUCCAUUGAACCCCCAAUCCCUCAAGAAUCUUUCACUAUACCUCCUAAAGUUUCAGACCAAAGUAGUAUAUUCAAACUUCAUGUGGAUUUAAGAGACUUACAAAAAAUGGACCAAUCGAUUAUACGAAACCUCCCCAAAUUUACUGCUUUUGAUGAUGAAGAAGUUACACAAAACGUAGGUUCUAAACCAUUGAAAUCAACUCAUGCUGAUAUAAUCACCGUAUCCAAACUCCUUUAUUCUCCUGAAGAAGAUGAAGGAUUCCAUAAAUUGGUAGUUAAAGAAAAAGUUGAUAAAAUCGAACCCAAAUCGAUUCCUGAAUAUCAAAAAGGAUUAUUUGGUACACAAAAUCAUCGUAAGUUCAAUUAUCUUAAACCUCCAAAACCACCUUUGAUCAAAAAUAUUGAAUAUCGUUCACCAACAAUUUGGUUACCUCGUGAUGAUAAAUUAUUGAUUCAUUAUGUUGCCGAAUUCUGUUUCAAUUGGGAUCUUAUUUCCGAACAUUUACUGUCCACCGUGGCCAGUAUGAAACGUUAUGAGUCUAAUAUUGAAAGGAGAACUCCCUGGCAAUGUUUUGAAAGGUACAUCCAAUUAAAUGAAAAGUUCCAAUUUAAUGAUAUGAAAGGUCCUUAUUCUUAUAAUGCUCAACAGUGGUUGGAACAAGCUCAUAGAGCUCAAUCAACCACCAAAAGAAGAAUCUCACCUUUAGGUGUAGGCAAUGAAUCCAUUCAAAGAGGUCAUAGAAGAUUAAGAUGGGCUUCAAUGUUCGAUUCUAUAAGAAAAUGUAUGAAGAAAAGAGAAACCCAUAUUGCUAAGAUGAAUAGUAGAAGGGCUACUGAUUAUACUCAACAAGCCAGUACCAAGAAUGAUAAAUGUCCUACACCAGCAGAAUUAUCUAAAUUGAAAUAUGAACGUGACAAAUCCAUUCAAGAAGCUUAUUUGAAUCAACAAGCUACUAGAAACAGAAUGAUGGCUGCUGUAGCUAACCAACAGAAACAACAAGCUCAAAGAACCACUCAAUCUUCAAGUGAAGGAGAUGCUACUUCACCCGAUUCGGCAACUGCAAACCAAGGAGUUAAUGCCGGUACCAGACCGCCGAUCACCCAGGGUACUAAACCCACAGGUGUAUCGCCAACUAAUAACAUGGGUGGUGGUUCUAGACCUCCUUCGAGUAAUAGUCCUACCACAUCUCAUGCUUAUUUACAGCAAGCAUUACAAAAUGUUCCUCAUGAUGCUAAUGGUAGACCUUUAACUCCUAAUGGGACUCCUUAUACCAGAGAACAAUUACAGAAAUUAAUUGAAAUUCAAAAACGUAGACAAAUGAUGCAAUACCAACAAAGACAGGGUCAACAACCAGGUCAACCAGGUCAACCAGGUCAACCUCAAGCACAACCAGGACAAAAUCUUCCUAUGAAUAAUGGACAAAAACCUCCUAUGAUGGGUACAAGAGCUAGUCCUCCACCAGGAUCAUCUAAAAUAAACAACAUGGGUUCCAGUCAACAAGUACCACCAACUAGUAGUAAUAACACCAACAAACCUAGAAUUCAAUUUGCUCCAGCUCAAGUUUCUGCCAUCAUUAACUCCAUCAAAGCUAAGAAUCCUAAUUUAGGUAAAGAUCAAGUAACUAAAUUAGCUGCUUCAUAUUUGGCUAACCUUCAACAACAGCAGCAACAGAAGUUACGUCAGCAGCAACAACAACAGCAGCAACAACAACAGCAGCAACAACAAGCCAAUGGUCAGGGAAGAACUGUCAGUGGACAAGCCAUGAAUGUUCCUAUGAAUCAAAGAAACAUCAAUACCAAACAACAAUUGGCAUCAUUAACUCCACAAGAGAGAAAUCAAUUACAAAUGUUGAAAGCGGCUAAGAACGCCCAACAGCAGCAGCAAUUACAAAUGCAACAACAACAAAUGCGUCAAUCUCCAACUUUGGGUUCACCUAACUUGAGUAGCAAUAACUCUCCAGUUAUGGGUAAUCAGCAAAUGAACAACGCUGAUUUGAGUCGUAUGGAGUAUGAGAAAAGGAAGAGAAUGCUCAUCAAACAACAACAGCAACAACAGUUUAGGGGAUCAUCUUCAGGAUCAGGAUCAGGAUCAAGAUCUGGAAGUAGUUAA